CAAGUUGCGGUGGCGCGGAGAACUCUGCAAAACAAGAGGCUGAGGAUUGCGUUAGCGAUAAACCAGUUCACUCGGGAGCACUCGGAAGGAAGCUUCUUGGUGGGAUUCGUCCGCUCUCCGAGACUCUGAGGGAAAGUUCCGUGGUUCGCACCAGAUAGGCGCCGCCGCGUCAAGAUGGGUAAAGGAGACCCCAACAAGCCGAGAGGCAAAAUGUCCUCGUACGCCUUCUUCGUGCAGACCUGCCGGGAAGAGCACAAGAAGAAGCACCCAGACUCUUCCGUCAACUUCGCCGAAUUCUCCAAGAAAUGUUCUGAGAGAUGGAAGACAAUGUCUGCAAAGGAAAAGUCCAAGUUUGAAGAUAUGGCCAAAAGUGACAAAGCUCGUUACGACAGGGAGAUGAAAAAUUAUGUUCCUCCCAAAGGUGAUAAAAAAGGAAAGAAAAAAGAUCCCAAUGCCCCUAAAAGGCCACCAUCUGCUUUCUUCCUGUUUUGUUCUGAACACCGUCCAAAGAUCAAAAGUGAACACCCAGGCCUGUCUAUUGGGGAUACUGCAAAAAAAUUGGGUGAAAUGUGGUCUGAACAGUCAGCCAAAGAUAAACAACCAUAUGAACAGAAAGCAGCUAAGCUAAAGGAGAAAUACGAGAAGGAUAUUGCUGCAUACCGUGCCAAGGGCAAAAGUGAAGCCGGAAAGAAGGGCCCUGGCAGGCCAACAGGCUCGAAGAAGAAGAAUGAGCCAGAAGAUGAAGAGGCAGAGGAGGAUGAGGAAGAAGAUGAAGAUGAGGAGGAAGAGGAUGAAGAUGAAGAAUAAAUGGCUGUCCUGUAAUGAUGUGUGUGGAGUGUGCAUGUGUGCUCAGGCAAUUGUUUUGCUAAGAAUGUGAAUUCAAGUGCAGCUCAAUAUUAGCUUCAGUAUAAAAACUGUACAGAUUUUUGUAUAGCUGAUAAGAUUCUUUGUAGAGAAAAUACAUUUUUAAAAAUGCAGGUUGUAGCUUUUUGAGGGGCUACUACAUACAGUUAGAUUUUAAAGCUUCUGAUGUUGAAUGUUUCUAUUUAAUGGUUUCUUUAAUUUCUUGACUUGCAAUGGUAGCACAGUGAACUCCUAGGAAUUAGUAUCAGUAGUAAAUUUUGGGUUUUUUAGGAUGUUGCAUUUUUUUUUUUUAAAUUUUGUAAUAAAAUU